AUGCUAAUUAGCUUAUUUCUCCUCCUAACUACAUUCACUCGUUCGGUAUGUUGCUUCAAUUCUUCCUAUAAUUCUACGUUGCACCCCAAUAUCUCGCAGUCCAGUGUGGUGCAACCUGAAUAUAAUUCUAAAUCUUUCCAAUACAAAGGUGUUGCACUCGGUGGUUGGCUCUUGUUAGAACCUUACAUCACACCCUCUUUGUUUUUAGCAUUUAAUGAGACCGAUUCUCUGGCCAAUAUUCCAGUUGAUGAGUACCACUAUUGUGAGACUUUGGGCGAAACUGAGGCUAGCAAGAGACUUCAAAAGCAUUGGCUGACAUUCUACAAUGAGUCUGAUUUCGCUAGGAUUAAGCUGUACGGGUUGAACAUGGUUCGUAUCCCAAUAGGUUACUGGGCCUUCAAGAAAUUGAGCUCAGAUCCCUAUGUUGUGGGAGCUCAGGAAUACCUCGAUCUCGCCAUUGAGUGGGCAAAUGCAAAUGAUUUAAUGGUCUGGAUCGACUUACAUGGUGUUCCUGGAACCCAAAAUGGUUUUGACAACUCUGGCUAUAGGGAUAUUGGAUACCCGGGGUGGUUCAACGAUACUGAAAAUCUUGACUUGACUUAUGAGGUCUUGAACGAAAUAUAUACCAAGUAUGGAGAUAGUUCCAACCAGACGUAUGUUGAUACGAUUUUGGGAAUUGAAGUGGUGAAUGAACCAUAUGGCCCCAAUUUAAACCUCUCAACAUUAAAAGAAUUUUAUACAUUGACUUACAAGGAUGCUCGAGAUUUGCAACUGAUAAACAACUCAAUUAUUUUCCACGAUGCUUUUCAAUCCAUCGGGUACUGGAAUGAUUAUUUGAACACUACUUCAUUUCUGAAUAUCUUGAUCGACCACCAUCAUUACGAAGUAUUCACCUUCGGGGCAUUGAAUAUGACGAUUGCAGAGCAUAUCAGUAGUAUUAAAUCGUAUAGCUCGCUGAUAGAAUCGAACGAAGGUGAUGCUAACCCUGCGUUGGUCGGUGAAUGGCUGGCAGCCUUAACUGAUUGCGCACCUUGGGUUAACGGUGUUGGCCUUGGCGCAAGGUACGCCGGAGAGCAACCUUAUGACAAUGAUUUCAUUGGUGAGUGUGAUAACAUAAAUAAUUUCAAAAAAUGGACAAAGGAGCGAAAGAAGGACUAUCGGAAGUAUGUCGAAAUUCAAUUAGACCAAUACGAAAAUUAUACCAUGGGCUGGAUCUUCUGGUGCUUCAAAACAGAGACCACCAUUGAAUGGGACUUUGAAAAGCUCGUCCAAUUGGACUUGAUGCCACAGCCUUUAAGUGAUAGAAAAUAUAUUGUUAACGGGACUGACACUACAGCUAAAAAGAGCAUUGGCCAUAAGUUGAGCAUUGGUUGGGGGGCCCUAUUUAUUGCAUUCGUAUACAGCUUAUAG